AUGACCAUCCAAGGUUUCAACGUCGCUGCGUGGGACCUAGCUAAGGCGCACAAGCCAGAGCACUUUGUCCUGGACAGGGUUGUGCGCCCAAAUAUCCUCUCGCUUAAACCGUACCGGUGCGCGCGCGAUGACUACCAAGAAGGCGUCCUGUUGGACGCCAAUGAAAAUGCGCUCGGCCCGUCCCUUGGCGAGCAGCGCAUAAAUUCAUUUCUGGACCUGCACCGGUACCCAGAUCCCGGCUUGUUUGGCACACGCGCAGCUGUUACUGCGCUGCGUCACCUGCCCGACCCUGCGUACACGUUCCUGGGCGUCGGCUCCGACGAGGUGAUCGACCUGCUGCAGCGCUGCUUUGCGCGUCCAGGAAAAGAAAAGAUCCUCAUAUGCCCGCCGACGUAUGGAAUGUACAGCGUGUGCGCUGCUGUCAACGACCUCGACAUUGUCCAGAUCCCUUUACUCACCCAAGAGGGCAAAUUUGCGCUGGAUACGCCAGCGGUGCUCGCCGCGCUGGAAGCCGACCCCUCGAUCCGUCUCGUGUUUAUCUGCUCGCCCGGAAAUCCUACAGGAACGCUCAUCUCACUUGAGGAUGUGCGUGCAGUGCUGGAUUGCGCCGCAUUUGAGGGCCUUGUCGUUGUCGACGAGGCGUACAUCGACUUUGCUCUCGCCGAGCAAACCCAAGGCAAGAAGCACGGCAACGAGCCCAUCUCGGCUAUCGAGCUUGUGCCAGAGUACGAGAAUUUAGUAGUGUCGCAAACGCUGAGCAAGUCGUUUGGGCUUGCAGGGAUCCGCAUGGGCCUCGCAUUUUCCCAGCCCCGCGUAAUCCAAGUGAUGAACAAUACCAAGGCGCCAUACUCCAUCUCGACACCGACCGCCUUCUAUGCAUCCCAAGCACUGUCCGAAUCUGGGCUCAGCAUGAUGCGCACCAAUGUCGACACGCUCGUGGCAAACCGCAACGCACUCUUGCAGGCCCUGGCGACAAUCCCAGCGCUUGGCGCCGUGCUCGGCGCCAACGACGCCAACUUUGUGCUUGUCCCGGUGCUCGACGCGCCGCACGGAAAGCCAGAUAGCCAACGCGCAGCACAGGUGUACAAGAACAUGGCCGAACACAGCGGCGUCGUCGUGCGCGAUCGGAGCAAGGAGCUCGGCUGCGCUGGAUGCCUGCGCAUCUCUGUCGGCACGGCGGAGGAAAAUGAGCAGUGCAUUGCAUUGCUGCGCGCACAGCUUGCAUAG